UACUAUCUUGAAUUUGUGCUUCUUUUUCUCAGUUGUCGUCUUGUAGAUAAUCAUGUUAACAUUUGACGUUCUCAACAUGAUAGAUGAUGCUAGAAGAAAAUUAUUAGAUUGGACCAAGCGCUUUCACAUUAUUAGUGGCACAGCUCGGGGUUUAGUUUAUCUGCAUCAGGACUCUAGACUAAGAAUCAUUCAUAGAGAUCUAAAAACUAGUAAUAUUCUUCUUGAUGAAGACAUGAAUGCAAAAAUAUCAGACUUCGGUGUUGCCAGGACAUUUGCUGCCGAUCAAACUGAGGCCAAAACAAAAAGAGUGAUGGGAACUCACGGUUAUAUUUCUCCUGAGUAUGCGGUGCGUGGAUCUUUCUCAAUGAAGUCUGAUGUGUUUGCCUUUGGUGUAAUCAUGCUUGAGGUAGUCAGUGGGAGGAAGAACAGAGAUUUCCGUGUUCCUGACCAAAAUAUUAACCUUCUUGGACAUGCAUGGGAGCUGUGGAAUGAGGGGAGGGCUUUGGAGCUGGUAGAUGAAUCAGUGCGCGAUUCGGUCAUUGAAGUUGAAGCAUUGAGAUGUAUACAGAUAGGGCUGUUAUGUGUGCAAGGGAGACCUGAAGAUAGGCCUAACAUGUCAUCUGUAGUUCAUGUGUUGGACGACGAUAAACCACUGCCUCGGCCGAGGCUGCCUGCAUUUUAUUCACACCAAGAAGACUCUUCAUUAAGUAAUCAUACAAUUUAUUCAGCAAACGAGGUUACCAUGUCAUUGCUAGCAGCAAGAUAGUUAGUUAGUUAGUUGUUUCGAAUGAAUAACUGGAGAUGUUUAUCGUUACAGCCAUAAUGCAGUGAAUUAAAGAAGGUUCUUUAUUUUCAACUCUACACACCAUACCAUUAGGGGUGGAAAAAGGCCAGGCGGCCUGCCAGGGGCCUGCAGCCUGGCCUGUGUUUGGCCUGGCCUGUUAUAAAAUAGGCACAGGCUCAGGUUGUUAUAAGAGCCUUAUUAUGUUAAUAGG